AUGGAUUUCAUCAGCAAAGUUAAUCAACUCGGGCCAAGAGUUCCUGAAGAAGGCUGGCAGUUUAGCAUCACUACAAUUGGGAUCACAACAUAUAUCUGGGGUCGAUUGUUGGUUAUUGUAUUCAGACAAGCGAAUGGUUAUCAACCAAUUUCCGCCCUAUAUGCCUGCAUUUCUCUCAUUAUUGGGCUAGAAAUAGUAGGUUCUCCCCAACUAGGAUCUGGAAUCGAGCACACAGUGAAGGGGCCACUUGUUGGUAUUUGGGACAGACUAAGUAGAUGCCAACUCGUGCACAGGUCCAAAGUGGGACGACGGUUCAAACUAGUGCUCCUUGUUCGGAUUUACGGGUUUACCCUCCAUAUGGUUGAGGUAAACGCUACGGGAUCUUUAUCAGAUCAAGAAACCCGUUUUUUCAUCCGUCUUUUGUGUUUUCUUAACAGCCACAUCUAUAAAAAGUCUUCUUCAGCCCUGCCACCCUGUAAUCAAUUCUUUAGUCACUUUCAGCCGAAGGAACCAAUAAAUACGCAGCACAGUUGGCAAGCGAUGGCUCUAAUUUUAUUUCUCAUUGCUGCUUUACUAAUAUUGUCAGUGCCAGCCUUGCCAAUCAAGGGCAAUACUCCAUUCAAGCUUACCUAG